AUGACGAAACUAUAUCAACUUAAAUUGGUGCAACUCAAAGAAGAGUUACAAAAACGAAAUUUUGCUACAAGUGGAAACAGAGGAGCAUUGAUGGCAAGCCUAAUGGAAGCCCUUGUUAAUGUAAACAAGAAUCCAGAUGAAUUUGAAUUUGAUGAUCAGGAUGUCGAAUCGAAUGCAGUACCGGCCGCGAUUGAUGCUAAAAUAAUACAACAGUUGAGAGAACUCAGAGAACAAUUUGAUGUCAGAGCUGAACAGCAAUUGGCAGUAAUCAAUGCAAAAAUGAAAAGCGUCACGUCAAAAAUGAUCAGAAAUUUGAUCAAAAGGUUAUCGAGCUCGACCAGAAAAACGUUCUUAAAGACUGUUCGAGAUUCAGAUUUUAGACAAACCCUCAUACUAACGGACAAACGCAACCUCAUCAAAGACGCCGCUGCAUUCGAAAGUCAGGAUUAUGGCGCGCCAAAAUGCUGGAAUUGUGGAAAGAAAGAUAUCUACGACGAGAUUGUAAGCAACUCUCUGGAAAUAUUUACUGUCCUGUAG